CUUCCGCUCAUUUGCUUCUGUCGUAUGUUGCCAAGCAACCCGCAAAGUGCUUGGGACACCUUGCCUGGUGUCUUCGUUAGUCCGCCCCGGUCCACCAACCGUUCAUAGCUUUGUCAGGAUGCCAAAUGACAUGUCGAUGCCCGUGAAUCAUGUGCCAAGAGCUUUCACGUGACCAAUGAUAGCGAAGCCAUAUAAUGACUCGUUCCUUCCCCGUCCCUUCAUUUUCCUCUUGUGUACUGUAUCGUUUGGGGUCCUGACAAAUGACAACCAUCACCGUCGUCGCCAGGGGCAAGCAUCUAUCAAGGUUGCCCUGCGAGUUACCUUGCGCGCCGACUUCUGCUCGUGAAUUGUACCAUCAAGUUUCUGCAGCCAGUGGGCUUCCCAUCCACCGUUUGCGAAUCUCAAGUAGGCCCGAUGGCACCGGUGCCAUCACGCUUGCUCAAGAUAGUUUGGAUCUGAGCGACACAAGGGAGCUUUUUGUAAAAGAUCUGGGGCCUCAAGUAUCUUGGCGGGAUGUCUACAUCAUCGAAUACCUCGGAGCGCUAGUCGCACACCCUGUCAUCUAUGUGGCUCGCCUCUCGCAUCCUACCUCUGUUCAGACGCUUUUACUUGCCCUUAUCAUCAUACAUUUCAUCAAACGCGAACUGGAAACGGUCUUCGUACACCGUUUCUCUAAUGCAACAAUGCCUUUGCGUAACAUCUUCAAAAACAGCUUUCAUUAUUGGAUCCUUUCGGGAGUCAUGUUGGCAUGGGUCUUCUAUGCGCCCGUCGAUCCUGCAAAAUCCCACCUUCGAGGUAGUGACUUUCUCGGCUUAUUAAUAUUCUCGGUCGGCGAGAUAGGAAAUCUUUACAUUCAUCUGAUUUUGCGCGGCCUCAGAUCCCAAGGAACUGUAGAGAGAAAGAUCCCGCAUGGCAUCGGUUUCGACUGGGUCACUUGUCCUAACUACCUGUAUGAGACUAUCGCAUGGUUGGGGAUCCUUGUCAUUAGCAGAAGCUGGGCAGUGCUUUUGUUCAUGACUGUGGCUGUUGCACAGAUGUGGGCUUGGGCUUGGAAGAAGGAGUUACGCUAUAGACGAGAAUUUCCGAACUCUUACAAGUUCAAGAAAUUUGUCGUACUUCCUGGUGUAUGCUAG